GAGCGUGUAUCUGAGUGAGAGUGAGGCGUUUGGAUGUUGUGUGUGUUUUUGUGAGUGUUUGAGUGCGUUCUUCUGAAGCCUCGCGGGAGGAAGAGGAGGAGAACGUGCAGAGGGGAGAGAGGGAGGCAGACUCGCACUGCAGACGGACGGAGAGAGGGGAGUGAAUGGGCACGACUCAUCCAGCGGCUUUGCGCCCUUCACCUCAUCCCGAUCGAUCCGUUUGGUAAUCGAGACGUUCCGAACCCGCGCGGUCCGCGAGGCUGGCCCGACCCCGGAGUCCGGAGGAGCGAUGGGACGCAGAUGAAGCAGCCCGGAGCGGAGAGCAGCAGCCCGGCGGAGGAACAAACAAGGAAGCGCUGAGCUGAAGCUAACGGCUAACUGGGGCUGGAACCGAUUCUGAUGAUCGAACGAGGAGCAUGCGAGCCGAUAGGAAGAGCUGACUUGUUCGGGGAUGUCGGGCAGUAAGGCGCUGGGCGGGGGGGCUGGCGGCGGCGCGAGGCGCAGGCGGACCCGGUGCCGGCGCUGCCAGGCCUGCAUGAGGACGGAGUGCGGAGAGUGCCACUUCUGUAAGGACAUGAAGAAGUUCGGAGGGCCCGGCCGGAUGAAGCAGUCCUGCCUGCUGAGGCAGUGCACGGCGCCCGUGUUGCCUCACACAGCAGUGUGCUUUGCGUGUGGAGAGGCGGGGAAGGAGGACACAGUGGACUCUGAGGAGGAGAAGUUCAGUCUGUCUCUGAUGGAGUGUACCAUCUGUAAUGAGAUCAUCCACCCCAGCUGCCUGAAGAUGGGCAAAGCUGAAGGAAUCAUCAAUGACGAGAUCCCAAACUGCUGGGAGUGUCCAAAGUGCCACAAGGAGGGAAAGACCAGUAAGGACCAGACAGACGGGUUGGGGAAACGGAAGCUGGAUAACGGGGAAGAGGGCCGUUGGAAGCUCAUAGAAGACCCGCCCCCUAAGAAGAAAGCCCCUCCCUCCCUGGAGGAGGCAGGGAGAGGGGAGGGGGGCCACAAGAAGAAGAAGGAGAAGGAGCAACCUCCGGACAGCGGGGCCAAAAAGAAGAUUAAAAGUCCGCACGAGAAACGCCUCAAAAAGAAACCCAAACAGGAGUCAGAGUCAAACGGCCCCAUGUCGUCGUCUGGAGGAGCGGCUGCAGGACAGCAGGGCUCCGCCUCUUCCUCCUCCUCUUCCUCUCAGUCUGUGAGUGGGGUCAGCGGAGGGGGAGGAGCAGGAGGAUCGGCGUCGAGUGUGGAUCAGCGCUCCCACCACAGAGAGAAACUGGAGAGGUUUAAGAGGAUGUGUCUGCGGCGGCCCGACCUGUCCUCCUCCUCUUCAUCAAGCUCAGAGUCCGACUCCGAGUCCGACUCGGAUGAUUCCCUCAGGGGGGAGCAGGGGGGAGGUUCCUCGCCUUCGUCCUCCUCCCCUGCUCUUCCUCCUGUCGUCUACGGUAACAGCAGCAGCAGCCGGGCCGACAGGGAGCGGAGCCGCAGCGAGCGGGAGAGAGCGCGGCGGCUGGCCGAGCUGGGCUUCAGCGCCAGCGAGGAGUCUGAGGGGGAGGGAGGGAGGGGGGAGGAGGAGAGGGAGGAGGAGCAGGCAGGUGGAGGUGGGGACAAAGGCCGACGGCGAGGAGGUGGAGACGCUCUCUCACGAGGACGGAAAGUAGGUGUGAUGGACACAGAGGAGGAGGACACGCUCCCCUCUGACAGGACCAGGAAAAACUCCUCCUCCCUCCCCCCGCCCUCACCCCUCUCCUCCAAUCAGAUGCCUCCGUCCUCACAGCACGACAGCUUCACAGGGAAGCAGCGCAGCAACGGGCAGGAGGCACGCAAUGGACGAACUCGGGGAGGGACGGGGGGAGGGGAGAAGGAGAAUGCCAGUGGAGCACUGACCAAUCACAGGCACAGUGGAGGGGGCGGGGUCAAAGGUGGCGGGAGCCGCAUUAACAAGAACCGUAACAACAAAAACCAGACAUUGAGGAGCAGCGUCUCCUCCUCCUCCUUCCCCACCUCCAACGGGGGAGGGGAGGCGGGCAGCGGCCUCAUGAUGUCAGCCAUGGCGGCGUCCCCCUGCUCUCAGCCGUCCCGCCUCGCCCCACGCUCUCACAUGAUGAAGCGCAGCCCUCCUGCCGUGCCCUCGCCUCCUCGGCCCAUUCAGAUGGAGAGACACCUGGUGCGGCCCCCUCCCACCUGUCCUGAGCCCAGUUGCCUGCCCCUGGUCUGUGGCUCCGCCCACAUCAUGACUCGAGACGUGUGGCUGCGAGUCUUCACGUACCUGAGCCAACGGGAGCUGUGCCUCUGCAUGAGGGUGUGUCGCACCUGGAGCCGCUGGUGCUGCGAUAAACACCUGUGGCCUCAGAUCGACCUGAGCCGGCAGCGCUCCAUCACCCCCCCCAUGCUGAGCGGGAUCAUCCGCCGGCAGCCCGUCUCCCUGAACCUCGGCUACACCAACAUCUCCAAGAAACAGCUGAUGUGGCUCAUCAACCGACUGCCAGGUCUCCAGGAGCUGAACGUGUCUGGCUGUGCGUGGCCUGCGGUCUCGGCUCUGUGUCAGACCAUCUGUCCCUGUCUGAAGGUGUUGGACCUCAGCAGAGUCGAGGACCUGAAGGACUCCCACCUGAGGGAGCUGCUCGCCCCCCCACCUGACACCCGGACAGCUCACGGCGAGGGCAGAGUGGGACGGUUCCAGAACCUGUCGGAGCUGCGAUUGGCCGGUUUGGACCUGACGGACGCGUCGUCCCGCCUCCUGGUGCGUUAUGUCCCCCACCUGAGCCGUCUGGACUUGAGCCACUGUGUGAACAUCAGCGACCAGGCGAUGCACACACUCACCUCCCCCACCUCCCCUCUGAAGGAGAAGCUCACCUACAUCAACCUGGCAGGUUGUGUGAAGGUGACGGAGCAGAGCGUCCUGCUGCUGCGACUCUGCCCCACCCUGCAGACUGUGGACCUCCGCUGCUGCUCCCUCCUCUCUGCUGAGACUGGACAGCUGCUCUCCUUCCCCUCUUCCUCCACCUCCUCCUCAUCUACAACCUCCUCUUCCUCCACUACCAUCACCACUACCGUCGCUGUUUUGUCCUCCUCGUCCUCCUGUCCUGAUGACAGAACAUUGCUGAAGAACAGCUAAAGUCCUCCCAAGUCAUGGGACUCUUGAAUCCAGAUGGUCUACAAGCCCCGCCUCCGUCCUCGUUACACUACAGACAGGUGAGGAUGAGGAGAAAGAGCACUUCCUGUUGCCGAGGAGGAAGAGGAGGGACGUUUAAUGGAACAGUUGUUGGUAAUAGUUAAACAUAGAAACCUGAGCAUGUACAUAUUUGUUCUCUGUACAAUUUUGGGUGUGUGUAUAUAUCUGUAGUUUACUGUAAAUGACCUUUGACCUUCCUUCACCUCUCCGCCCCUUCGUUCCUUCCUCUUUUUGACCAAUCACAACGCCACACACCCGUCUGCUAAUCAGUCGCUACAGAAAGAUGCUCAGAUUCAGCUGCUGCCAUCUAAAUGCCAACACACACACACACUCCUGUCGACAUCAACAACCACCGAGCUGAGAUCAAGUCAGUCAUGUGACAGACCGCUGCAGUGAUGUCAUCAUGUGAACAUCAGGAAAAUCUUCAAAUCUGAUCAGUCGUGACUUAACUGAUUAUUUGGAAUCAUUUUUGUCUAAUAAUUGAAAAAAGUUGUUAAGCUCCUCCCCCACCCCAACGAGAUGUCUCAAGCUCCUCUCACAUCCCCAACAACACAUCUCAAGCUCCUCCCUUACCCCAACGAGGUGUCUCAAGCACCUCCCACAUCCCCAACAACACAUCUCAAGCUCCUCCCUUACCCCCCAACGAGGUGUCUCAAGCACCUCCCACAUCCCUAACAACACAUCUCAAGCUCCUCCCCACCCCAACGAGACAUCCCAAGCUCCUCCUAUAGCCCCCAACUCAACAGCUGU